AAAACCCUACAGAACUCCAUCAAUCGCGUGUUUCAUAUUCACUUCUUCUUCUUCUUCGUUGUUAUCAGAAAUGAAAAUCGCUCGGGUUAUGUUGAGUUCACUCGGUGGUGGGUUACCACGCCCAUGUCAGCGUCUCCAAAGUGUUAGAUUUCUCUCAACAGAGAACGCUUUUGGUGGAAAUAUUCCAAAUUCAGAUUCAUUUGAGUCUGCUGAUGAAUUUGAAGGAAGGAUUUUUGGUGGGUUUUCUGGGGAUAGUCCAAAGGCUCAGUCUUUCUACGGAAAGAUUGAUAGAAUCGAGAGGAAUCGUUUUCGUUUUGAUCCUUCAACGGGUAAUGGAGAUUCGUCAAGAAGGGAUGUCUUGGAUGAGAGUUUCAGCUCAUUAUCAGAUGGAAUGAAUGGGAAAUUGAAGAAAGCAGCAGCCACUUACUUUGAAUUCGAUCCCGAUGAAAUUCAAAGAGAUGAUUAUAGUUUUAGACCAGAUGUUACCUUUCUUUCUGGAAGGACGUAUGAACCCAAGGAUCUCGAUCUUAGAAGACCAGGAGUACGUAAACCUCCCAAAAGCUACACGUUUGAGGUCACUACGGAGGAAGUACUGAGAAAAGCCGAUUUCCGGAAUGUGAAGUUCCUGGCGAAGUUCUUAACCGAGGCUGGAAUCAUUAUAAAGAGGAGCUCGACCGGUAUUAGUGCCAAGGCUCAGAGGAAGGUGGCGAGGGAGAUCAAGACGGCCAGAGCGUUUGGUUUGAUGCCAUUUAUAACGAUGGGGACAAAGUCGUUCGUUGCUGGGAGAUCAAUGGAAGUUAUGGAUAAAGAUUAUGAAUACCAGGCUUUUGAUAGUGACAUGAUUUCGGAUGAAAAACCCGAGAUUUGAGUUCAGAAUAUUCAUUUCCCGGCAGCGUACCAUCUCCAAUGUUUGGUUGAGGUGUACCAUGCAUUUACCCUUGUUAGUUCUUUUAAUUGAUCUAUGCUUUUAUAUACAAAUUAUGUUACCCAACUUUAAUUUUUCUUUAAAUAAUCGUGUUUGGUAUUCUAGUGGUGUA